AUGUUGUCGUCACUAGUGAAAGACCAUUUAAAUAAACAAGCCAUUCGUAAAGAACAAGUGGCCCAAGCAUACUUAAAUCAAAAGCGGCUUGAUGCUGAGGCAAAGCAACUUCAUCACAGUGCCACAAACUUUGCCAAACAGACCCAACAAUGGGUCAGCCUUGUAGAAAGUUUCAACAGUGCCCUCAAAGAAAUAGGAGAUGCUGAGAAUUGGGCCAGAAGUAUUGAAAAGGAUAUGCGUAUGAUCACCAGUGCUCUUGAGUACUCGUACAAAGUGACGCAAGAAACCCAGUGAUCUUUAUUUGGGAUUGAUGAACUACAUGUGCUUAUUUUAUUUAUUAAUAUGUUGUUAGUAAAGGUAAUAAAAUUUGUUAAUUUGAUUUUCUAUGUACCAACUUUAUUUUUAAUGUAAUAAAUUUAUCUGAGAAUAAAUAAUUGAAUUGUAUAUGAAUUCUUGUUUGCGUUAAUUAAUCAGUUUAGAUGAAUUAUGAAUGGAAUAAAGAAUAUUCACUCGUGCUAAAUUAAUAACAUAUUUUGUGAAUCACGAUAUCUUAUUUUUUUUAAAACUACCUGAAGGAUCUACCUUUGUGGUUUGCUUUGCAUUAUUAUUUUCUUUAGAGGAAUUGUAACCGAAUUCAUCUUGUGGGAUGAAUAAACAAACAAAAC